UAAUCCUAUUACAAGGCUAGCUAGCUUGGCAGUAGCUAUAUAUAACUACCCCCCGUCCAUUGCCAUUGUUUCCUUGCACCCCAUCACCGGCAACAACCUCAUCCCCCUCGACUCGAUCGACUCCAUCGUUUCCCCUCCCCUCCUGCUCCCUCCCAUCAAUUAUCGCUAGUUGUGUGUAGCAUUUCACUCCAGCUAUAGUAGUGUCUUCUUUAUCUAUCCUAUAGUGAUCUCUGUGUGCGUGAGAUUCACCGAUCCACCAUGAGCAUCUCCGUGAAUGGGCAGUCGGUGGUGCCGCCGGGGUUCCGGUUCCACCCAACGGAGGAGGAGCUGCUCACCUACUACCUCGCCAAGAAGGUGGCGUCCCAGCGCAUCGACCUCGACGUCAUCCGCGACGUCGAUCUCAACAAGCUCGAGCCAUGGGACAUCCAAGAGCCCUGCCGGAUCGGAACUGGCCUGCAGAACGACUGGUAUCUGUUCAGCCACAAGGACAAGAAGUACCCGACGGGGACACGCACCAACCGCGCCACCGCCGCCGGGUUCUGGAAGGCCACCGGCCGGGACAAGGCCAUCUACUCCGCCGCCGGGUCCGGCCGCAUCGGCAUGCGCAAGACGCUCGUCUUCUACAAGGGCCGUAGCCCACACGGCCACAAGUCCGACUGGAUCAUGCACGAGUACCGCCUCGACGCCGCCGCCCCCGUCAACCCCACGGCCGGCGAGGCCACCUACUACUCCAGUGACUCAUUCCCGAUACAAGGCCUAGCCGGCGAACAGCCGUCGGCGCCGGAGGACGGGUGGGUCAUCUGCCGGGUGUUCAAGAAGAAGAACAUCGUCGUGCAGCGCCAAGCUGGCCAGAACCGCGGCGGUGGCGGCGCAGCGUCCAGCAAGCUAGUCGGCGCCGGUGCCAUGGAGAGCAGCCAGAGCAACUGCUCGUCGACGUUGACGGCCGGCAGCGACCGCGCCAAGGCGCAGAUGAUGCACUGCUCCGCCAGCGACGACGGGCUCGACCACAUCCUCAGCUACAUGGGCCGCUCAUCCACGGCAUCGUGCAGGCAGGAGACCAAGCCCACCAACCCAUCAUCGUCAGCGCUGGACCACCUGAUCAACAACGCGUGCCACAGCGGCAGCAGCACCCUGUACGACAAGUUCAUGAAGCUCCCGCCGCUCGAGCACGUCGUCCCCAGCGGGAUCCUGCCGCCGCCGGCCGAGUACGGCGGCGACUGGGACGAUCUUGACCGGCUGACGGCGUACGAGCUCAACAGCCUCUCUGACCCCACGUUGGUCAAGACGACGAACGGCAUGUCCUAUAUCGCCGACGAGCUCGGUGGCGCCACCUCCUACUCUGGCGGUGUCUCGCUGUACACUCCCUCCGUCACCGGGGCCGGUGACGGCGACCUGUGGAGCCUGACGCGGCCGGUGUCAUCGCUACACGCAGACUUGACGAGGUCCUGUUUUAAGGCUGUCGGAUGCUGACACUGUCCUAGCGGACCAAACUAGCCUUUUUUUCUAUAAGGAAAUUUUUCAUAUAUCAAGCUAAUACCAUCGCACCAAAUGAAUGUGUAGAUUCUAGUACUCCUGAACUAAAA